UGCAGCAGCUCUCGCUGUCCUCCAGAGGCGGUGCUGGAGUUUGGUGAGACGAGCGGACGGCGCUGAGCGCAGCUAUCAUGCCGCGCACAGGCUUAAAAUAGGGACAAAGUUUUAACAUUUGGCAUUAUCCUGCUGUAUUCACCGCUCUCCGACGACAUGGAGUCCUACUGGAGGCAGUGUGCGAUGUGGCUGAUCAGCUGCAACGUGCUGCCCGCGAACCACCGGGUGACUGCGGACACGGCGCAGGUGUUCGACCUGGCCCAAACCCUGCGGGACGGGGUGCUGCUGUGCCAGCUACUGAACAACUUGAAACCUCACACCAUCAACCUGAAGGAGAUCAAUCUCAGGCCACAGAUGUCACAGUUCCUGUGCUUGAAGAACAUCCGCACAUUUCUGACGUCUUGCUCUGUGGUGUUUGGGAUGAAGAAAAGUGACUUAUUUGAAGCCUUCGAUCUCUUCGAUGUUCGAGACUUUGGAAAGGUUAUGGACACUCUAUCCAAGCUCUCUUACACAGCAACUGCACAGCAAGGAGGAUUCAAGCCAUUUCCAACCGAGGAGAACCUAAAAGACGAGGACAUUUACAAUAAUCUGGAAGACUUGAUUGAUGAGAAUGCCCCAGAGGACGAGGACGACUUGUAUGCGGCGGUCUACGGGCUGGAAGAAGACUACGCAGGUGGAGAGAUCUAUGAAGACCUCAUGAGGACUGAGCCACCCCCAUUGAAGCAGGCAGAGGUAGAUGUCCGGAGCUGCUGCCUUACAGAGAUCAAACAGACGGAGGAGAAAUACACAGAGACCCUGGAGUCCAUCGAGAAGUAUUUCCUGAAUCCUCUGAAGAAAUUUUUCUCUGCGGCUGAGAUUGACAAAGUUUUUGUCAACAUUCCAGACCUGGUUAAAGUUCACAAGAGCCUGAUGGUCGAUGUGCAGGACUCCAUCCUAAACAAAAAUGCCUUAAAUCUUUACCAGAUUUUUAUCAGCUACAAAGAGAGAUUGCUCAUUUAUGGGAUAUACUGCAGUCGUGUGGAGAUUGCCAUCGCUGUUUUAGACCUCAUUUGCAAAGAGAAAGAGGAUGUUCGUCUAAAGCUGGAGGAGUGCUCAAAGAGAGCCAACAAUGGGAAGUUUACACUGAGGGACCUGCUGGUUGUCCCGAUGCAGAGAGUUCUCAAGUACCAUCUACUUCUUCAGGAGCUAGUCAAACACACGCAUGAUGCUGCUGACAAGGGCAACUUGAAGAUUGCUCUUGAUGCCAUGAAAGACCUGGCUCAGUAUGUCAACGAGGUGAAGAGAGAUAAUGAGACUCUAAGGGAGAUUGACCAGUACCAGAAGUCUAUUGAAAACCUGAAUCAGCCUCUAACCAGCUAUGGUCGACCAAAAGGUGACGGAGAAGUGCGCUUGGUCUCCAGUAUCGACAAGAGGAAACAAGACAGGCACAUCUUUUUAUUUGAUGUGGCUGUCAUUGUUUGCAAGAGAAGAGGAGACAUCUAUGAGAUGAAGGACAUACUUGACCUCAACUACUUCAAGAUAACAAACAACCCCACCUCUGACAGAGAGGGUAAAAAGUGGUGCUACGGGUUCUACGUGACUCACCAGCAGGGGCACACAGGCUUUGAACUCUUUUUUAAGACCAGAGAGCUGAAGAAGAAGUGGCUGGAUCAGUUUGAAAUGGCCAUAUCAAAUAUCCGACCAGAGAAAGCCAGCCACAACUCCCACCAGUUCAAGAUGCACACCUUUGAAAGGAUCACUUCCUGUAGUUAUUGUCACCUCUUGCUCAGGGGCAUCUUUAACCAGGGUUAUCUCUGUCUAAAAUGUGGGCUGGGGGCUCAUAAGGAGUGUCUUGGUCGACUGGGAGUCUGUGGGAAAACAGAUUCUGCCAAGCCGAAGCCCAAGGAAAGCACAACACCACCAGACCCAGGUUUACCCAGGAUGAUUGUGAUCAGAGACUACAGUGGCAUCCCCUGUCCCCAGUGUGGGCCCCCACUAAGCAUUCAUGCGGGGGAUGUCAUUGAACUGAUGGUUGCCGACCUGCACAGCUCCUGGUGGCAGGGCAAAAUUCUGGCGACAAGCAAGAUUGGCUUCUUUCCAAGUGAUGCUGUGAGGCCUUGUCCAUGUGUUCCAAAACCUGUCGAUUACUCUGCCCAGCUCUGGUUUGCAGGGCCUAUGGAGAGAUACCAGGCUGAGGUGGAGCUCCUGGACAGAGGAAACAGCACCUAUCUGAUUCGACACAGGAGUAAAGAGUGCACUGAAUAUGCCAUCAGUAUAAAGUUCAACGAUAAAGUCAAGCACAUUAAGAUUCUGACCAAGGAUAGCUACUUUUACAUCGCUGAGAGCCGGCUGUUCAAGACUGUGCUGGACUUGGUGGAAUACUACAAGCAGCACUCUCUGAAGGAGGGUUUCAGCAGUCUUGACACCACUCUGCAGGUCCCCUAUAGGGAACUGUCCAAUGGAAACAUGCCCAGGGCCAUUACCAAGGCUGGCAAUGUUCCUCCUGGCGGCUGCAGCUUUGUUCCUCCCUCCUCCUCGCCUUUCUGGUCAGUGUUUUCUCCCAGGGUGGUGGGUAUUGCAGUGGCACGCUAUGACUUCUGCUCCAGAGACACACGAGAGCUCUCCCUGCUGCAGGGAGACAUUAUCACUAUCUACACCAAGCUGUCCAAUGGGUGGUGGAAGGGAGAGGUCGACGGCAGGGUGGGCUGGUUUCCCUCUACUUACGUGGAAGAGGAGGACUGACUGCUGGAUGAAUGACGUCUAUUCGGCAUCCAUUCAAAGUUGACCACCUACAGUGAGCGCCACGCUGCUCAGCCACUCUCUGUGCCCUGCAAGUCAGAUCUCUUUGAUAAAACCCAGAGACUCGGACUUAAGAGGAAGCAGCAGUGCCCUCAAAAACCUUCUCCUGCCCUCUGACAGACUCUCACACGGAGCAGAUGUCAAAUCGCAGAUUCCAGGAGCGUAAUGCCAUAUCUCGCCUCUCUGUGGCCCUGUCUGCCCCCGCGGCCCACCGGGUAGUGCAUGUGCUGUGCCCAGAUAACCCUCCCCUCUUCCUUACUGUCUUAUUAUUGAUGACUCCGUUGUCUGGUGUGAGACUUGCCUUCACUGUCAUCAUGUUUCAAUACCAGGAAGGCUCAGUCACCCAACUGGAACACAGAUCCUGCUGACAGCGCACCUCCCAGGUACUCAUACCAAACUGAAAUGCUGGACCUGAGGAGCUUUGACUGCUGUUGGAACACUAUAGCCCUCUUGGCUGUUCACACUUUUGUGUUCAACUUUCUGUCUAAGACCCAUUUUAUUUUUUAAAUUUUAAAUCACUGGACUGAUACUAUAUGAUAUUUAAAUGUGAAAAGUGAAAGGAUGGAACGAUUUCAGCACCACAGAGUGAAGGAUUGAACUGUCAUUCACAUGUGGUGUGUUUGCAGUCUUAGUGACUAUUAGUCUUGCAGAGCCAAAAGUGAUUUGGUCAUAUCAUAACAGGAAAACACGUCUGGAGAGACAGCAGUUGAUAAUGUGGUUGUGGAAGGUGCCGAAAUCCAUCACUGAUGUCACUACGUCUCUAAGCUUUGAUUCCUAUUCUAUAAUAAUUUCUUUAAAAUCUUUUGUAAUUUGAAUCACCACCUCAACUUCCAAGUACAACUUUCAUGAGGCAUUGGAUUGGUGUCAGAAUUUCAAAAUUAACCAAAUGUACAGCAAUAGUUCGACAUUUCGGGAAAAAGACAUAUAUUCAUUCUCUUGCCAAAAGUUAGAUGAGAAGAACAAUAUCAUGCUCAUAUCUGUCUGUUCAAUAUGAACGUAACAAAAUCUGUAUAUCAAAAUCUUUUUUGGGGGGUAGGGGGCAUUUUGCUUUGACAGUACAGUAGAAAGAGACAGGAAAGGUAGGGGAAAGAGAGGGGAAUGACAUGUAACAAAGGUCCCGGGCCGGACUUGAACCUGGGCCGCUGCUGUACGGACUCAGGCUUGAUACGUGGUUGGCAUGCUGGCUGUAGCUUCAUAUUUAGCAGACAGACAUGAGAGUGGUAUCAGUCUUCCAAUCGAACUCUUACCAAAAAAAGCGAAUAAGCGUAUUUCCUAAAAUAUCAAAUUAAUUUAAGCCAAACCUGACCACAAUUAUGGCUAGCCCCAUGAGACUAAGUGAAUAUGGUGAAUCAUCAAAAGGAAGAAGAUACACACACUUGGGUAAUGUUUCACAAUGUCCCCAUUUAAUGCCACUAAAGGAAAAAAAUAUGCCCAGUUCUCAUGUUUGGCUUCAGAUGAAGUCAUCAAAGAAAAAAAAAUAUACAAAAAGGAAUUACAAAGCCAAAUACGUUUAAAGAGUGCAUGUUCUAGGUCUAUACUUCAGUGAGAGCUACUACAUCUUUUGAUCAUUCACUGUGGAAACCGGAGAGCCCUUAUACAUUCCACAGAUUUUGUGUUUACCUCAACUCUUUUUGGUUUCAGAAUGAAUGAUUCAAGGAUGAUGUAACAGCUGUUCACUGUAGAGCAAGGUAGCACAAGGGCGUUAAGUGCUGCUGUUUUCCUUCAAACGUUAACGUUCCGCUAACCAUGUGUGUGACAUCAAUAUUUAAUAAAAGCAUACUCUUUGAAUUGUACUUUUGAAAUUUGAUAGGCUAUUUUUCCCUCUUCAGACAAAUGUUACAUUGCAGGAACAAAGUCUUUGCACUUGCAUCAUAAUUCACAGCCGUGUCUGAGACGGUUGUGGAGGUGCAGUGGAAAACUGGCAGUGCUCAAAUAAUGGCUAAACAAACAGAACAGAAAAGAGAGACACCUAAAAACAGUUGCGGUAUAGGAACAUGUAAGCUCAGUGAAGGUCCAUGUUUUCUUUCCUAAUUUGCGUCACUGAAAUAAAAACAAUCUUGGGCCCCUUUCACCAAAUCUGCAACAUGCAAGCUGCAAUUUGCAAGAUGAGAUAAUUCCUCUCGUUAAUUUUGACACAUUUCGCUAAUUAAAACAAACACCAUACCUGCGACCCAUGCAUGAGCAUGUGAGAGCCCCUUGUGACUCCAAAAUUAAUCUCUCAUUUGCAGGCAACAGUCAUUUGUGAAAUGUGACCACCAUUUGCAGUCUGCAUAUAAGCACUGCUCGCAAAUCGCUUUUGUGAAGCAAGCCCCUUGUCUUUAACCCUUUCUCGCUCGAAACCAUCAUAUAUAGCUUGAGAAGAACGGCUCAUCUAAAGUUAAAGAAUAUGAUGAUAGAAGUUCAAAUUUCACCGCAUGCCAGAUAUCUAGAAGUUAUUUUUUCUGAUUAAGAUAGUUUUUGAUGCAUUUUUUGCAUGCAUUGUUCUCUUCAAAAAACUCUCGUAUCUUAUGCAGAAAUUAAGAAUAAUGGCUAGAGGUGUGGUGAGGGGACAUUUGAACGUCUACAAAAAUGAUUUGUCCUGUACUUUAUUGAAGAAUCUUCAUAGCUGUUAAGGAGUAAAUCAACGCUUGUGUCUGGAGUCAUAGACAAAAAGGAAAUAUUACAGAAAGCAAGCUAACAUUUGUUGUUUUACAUACACAAUCCAUGGCUCUGUUGUUUCAUGCCAUGUCCUUAGGGAGAGAAUGUCAUGGUUCACAUCAUUACCUCCAGUAAUUAGUUUUAUUAUUAUAUUUUCCAAUUGAUAGAACGUUUGUUGGAAUACAGCUUUUGAUUUUAAAAUAUCACAGUAUUCCUGUAAGCGCUAGGUAACUGUGUACAUCCAGGCUAUGUUUCGUGUCUUUUGACAAUGAGUCAAAUUCUAUUUGUAAAUCAAAAUGCUGCUAGUAGCUACAUUAAUGUCUUUUGAACAACAGAUUCAGCAGAUGCUAUAACUUAUUAAAUGUGAUUAAGCCCUUUGAACCGUUAGUAUGCAGCUAGUUAUUGUUAAAUUAUGUCUUUAACAAUAAUAUUCAUUGAUUUCUGGCACAUUUUCCUGCAGUGUUCUGAUGCUCUGAACUGAUUUUCUUCAUGCUGUUUGACAACUGUUUGUCAGUUGAUGUGCUCUUUCUACUGUGUUAUACACUUAUAUUAAUUUAUUGCCUUUUGUAUUUUAUGGAUUUUUAAAUAUAAGAUUCAACAGAAA